ACGUCAGCGGCUGUGCAAGGCUUUGCCUCACUUGCUUGCAGCGCCCGGCCCGCAGCAGCAGGAGAGAUUGUGGUGCGGCAGGAUGAGUGCAGGAUCUGAUCCCGUGGUGAUCGUCUCCGCGGCGCGGACCGUUAUAGGCUCCUUCAACGGUACCUUGUCCACCGUCCCUGUCCACGACCUGGGCUCAACGGUCAUCAAAGAAGUCCUGAAGAGGGCCGCUGUGGCUCCUGAAGAGGUGUCAGAGGUCAUAUUUGGACACGUUUUGACCGCAGGUUGUGGGCAGAAUCCUGUUCGACAGGCCAGUAUGGGCGCGGGAAUCCCCUUCUCUGUGCCAGCUUGGAGCUGCCAGAUGGUCUGUGGGUCAGGCCUCAAAGCCGUGUGUCUUGCAGCCCAGUCGAUAGGGAUAGGGGACUCGAGCAUUGUGGUUGCCGGAGGCAUGGAAAGCAUGAGCAAGGCUCCUCACUUGGUUCAUCUGAGGAGAGGAGUCAAGAUGGGGGAAAUGUCGCUGACGGACAGUAUACUCUGUGACGGGCUCACCGACGCCUUCCACAGCUGCCACAUGGGGAUUACAGCUGAAAAUGUAGCCAAACAAUGGCAAGUGAGUAGAGAAGAUCAGGACCGGCUUGCAGUUUUGUCCCAGAACAGGACAGAGAGUGCGCAGAAAGCUGGCUAUUUUGACAAAGAGAUUACACCAGUUUUUGUAUCUGGAAAAGUUCUUACCGAAGUGAAAACAGACGAGUUUCCUCGCCACGGGACCAACAUAGAAGCCGUGUCCAAGUUAAAGCCUUACUUUCUCAAAGAUGGAACCGGAACGGUCACCCCGGCUAAUGCCUCAGGAAUCAAUGAUGGCGCUGCAGCUGUGGUUCUUAUGAAGAAGUCAGAGGCCGAUAACCGAGGGCUUACACCUUUAGCACAGAUAGUUUCCUGGUCACAAGUCGGUGUGGAGCCUUCCAUUAUGGGGACAGGACCGAUUCCGGCGAUAAAGCAAGCUGUUGCAAAAGCAGGCUGGUCACUGGAGGAUGUGGACUUAUUUGAAAUCAAUGAAGCCUUUGCAGCCCUCUCUGUUGCAAUAACUAAAGAACUUGGACUAAACCCAGAGAAGGUCAACAUUCAAGGAGGGGCCAUAGCCUUGGGCCACCCUCUUGGAGCAUCUGGCUGUCGGAUUCUUGUCACCCUGUUACACACAAUGGAGCGGAAGGGCGGGCAUCGUGGUGUGGCUGCCCUGUGCAUCGGGGGUGGGAUGGGAAUAGCCAUGUGUGUUCAGAGAGGAUGAAAUUGUUAACCAGUCAUGCAGAAGCUAAAGUGAAACCUGCCCUCUUCUUAAGCUAACAAGGUACUAAGUUAUAACCCGUGAAGCCAGAGGACCAAAGUGAGGAUGGAAACCCACCUCACUCUCAUGAGAACCCAAGGCCGGAGAGCUCAGCAUUUUUAUUAAUGUGUAGUACUCGAGGUACAAGAUAACUGCAUCUUAACAUUGUCAUAAAUAAAAGAGAAAGGAGAUCAGUCAUCAAGGG